AUGAAAAGUAAAAGUAACCUAGUUCAUGUAUACAUAAAUGUUGUUAUUUAAUGGAACACAUGGUAUUCCAUGUUGUUAUUUUCAAAGAGUGAUUAUUAAAAUGAAAAUUUAUAUGUAAAAAGUUUAUUUAAACAAUGUCUAUGAUGUUUAAACGAGUUUUUUGUGAUAAGAUUUUACAACUAUCAGGCUUAUAUCGUUUCAAUUGUAUUAAUAAAUUUUCUCACAAUAUUCCAAAUGAUCGAGACACUGUUUUAAGUAAGGAGACAGUAAUUACUGAAAAAAAAUACGAUGAUCCAAAUAAUACUUCUAAUGAGGAAGAAGUUAAGCGUCUCCUUAAAGAAGCUGCCACUUACAGUGAUGCCAAUGAUAAAAAUUGGGCUACAACCCCUUAUCCUGCUAAUGCACCAACGUCUGUCGAAGAGGAGAAUAUAAAUAUACCUAAAGUAAACCCAGUAGAAAGGUCAAUAAUACUUUUUCCAGGACAAGGCACUCUUAAAGUUGGUGCUAUUAAAAAAUAUUUGCGUUUUCCUGGAGUAAAAGAUAUAUUUGACCUAGCUAAUGAAAUUUUAGGAUAUAAUCUUCUAAAUAUCUGUUUAAAAGGUCCACAAGAUAAAUUAGAUCUCACAAAGUUUAAUCAACCAGCUACAGUUGUUUCAUCACUAGCUGCAUUAGAACAACUCCGUGAAGAAAGGCAGAAUGUAUUCGAAACAUGCAUAGGUACUGCUGGAUACAGUGUAGGCGAAUUGAGUGCAUUGAUUUUUUCAGGCGCUAUUUCCUUUGAAGAUGGAAUCAGGUUGGUAGCAGUUAGAGGAAAUAUGAUGCAAAUGGCUUCUGACAAAAUAGGUCAAGGAAUGUUAUCUGUUUAUUGUCCUCCACAAGUAAAAUUGUCAAAAGUAUUAGAAGAUGCUACAGCUUGGGCUAGAGACUUAGGAGUUCCUGACCCAAUAUGUAAAGUGUCUGUCUUUUUAUAUACUCAGAAUAAAAUAAUAGCUGGAAAUGAAGAAGCAUUGCAUUAUAUAGAGAAGAAUGCCAAAGUUGUGGGUCUACAAAAAGUGAAGAGGCUUCCAGUUUCAGGAGCAUUUCAUACACCACUUAUGCAACCAGCUAUACAAAAAUUUUAUGAAAAAUUAAGAGAAAUACAGCUAGAAGAGCCAAGAACUAAAGUAUAUUCUAACUACACUGGGCGUCCUUAUAAAAAUACAAAAUCUAUAAAAGGACUUUUAGUAAAACAAAUUAUUUCCCCAGUAAAAUGGGAACAAUGCAUACAAAGAAUUUAUAAGAGGCCAGAAGGAACACCAUUUCCAAGAACAUUUGAUGUGGGUUCUAGUGGAAGAAUGAAAACUAUUUUAAAAUUAAUUAAUGCAAAAGCAGCAGAAUCUUGUAUAGUAAUUUGAUAAGAAAUUAUAAACAUUUGUAAAUAAAUAAUGUUAAACGAUA